GCAUCCGUACAAUAAAAAUAAAAACACGUUUCAUCAUAUUUGUCGUACUUAAAGAUGAAUGUAAAAAUACAAAAGAAAAGAAAGUAAACGUCAACAAAGAAAAAAAGCCUAAAAAUAAUAACAUUUUUAUAGUAUUAUUAAUAAAAUAUACAAAUGAACAACGAUUCUCAAAUGAACAUGACUGGCAAAGGAGAUCGGGCCUUCACAAAUACAGAACGAUUUAUUAAUGAGGUGUCAACAAGAUCUUGCAUUUGGAAUAAACAUUGUCCCGAAUACAAAGUAAAAAGCAAACGGAAAAAGGCUUGGGAGGAAAUCUGUGAAGUUUUCUUUGAUAAUUACAAUACCAAAAGCACUGACAGAAAGGAACAUUUAUGUCUAUUGCUUCAGAAAAAAUGGAAAAGCUUACGUGACAACUAUGUGCGUGAGUUGCGGAAAAAUACCCCAAUGAAAUAUGGCCACUCAAUGUCGCUUAGUUUCUUAAAAGAUACCAUCGCAGGUGUGGCAGAAAAAGCAAAUCAUGAUUUAAAUUCUGAGUAUAAUUUUGAUCUUCAAAUUGAAAAACAACAAGAUGUAAAAUAUAACUACGAAGAAAACGACGAUCAAGAGACCGUCGAAGAUGAACUGAUGAUGCUUCAAGAUAAAAAAUCAUGCUCAUAUUCAGUCGAUGAUAACUAUCUAAGUUCGAAUAGUAAUCAUUCUACGUAUUUAGAUAUUCAAUCAAUUGAUGGAAUUAAAUCAUCUCCAACUUUUUCUGAACAACAUGAGCAAAGGUUAAGCAAUGCAUUAGCAGCGAAUAAAGAUAAUGUUAGGGGGAGAGGCGUCGUCGGCGUGGAUGACGAAGACGAGGAUCGAAUGUUUUUAUUAUCUCUUUUAAAGGAUUUAAGAAAGGUUCCCCAACAAAAUAAGCUGGAAGCCAAAAGUGAAUUACUUUUGGUACUCAAUAAGUGGCAGAAAACAUUUACGAAUGGUGGUUAUUGACAGGAUGUGAAAAUAUUAGCAUCUUGUUGCAAUUAGUUUCCAUAAAAAUUUAUCUUUUGUACAUAGAAAAAACUUUUACGUUUAAAUUAAAAAUAAAAAUAUAUUUUAUUUAAAAAAGUU